AAUGAGAAGAAAAAUUUAUUCCUCGUAAAUGGUGAUAUUUUUUAGGAACGUUAGGGAAUAGAAAAAUUUAUUCCUCGUGAAUGGUGAUAUUUUUUUGGAACGUUAGGGAAUGCAUUAUUCCUCGUCGUUCCCUUGUCACCAUCCAUUCACAAGCCAAAGAUCGGAAUUUAUUGCUGCUACCCAAAGCCCUCCAAACUAUAACCUCCACCUCUUACACUAACACCACAACUUAUUGCUGCUGCCUACGUUUGCUAAUUAUGUUGUAACAUCUUGGUUGUAGUAUAUGAAGAGAUUUAAGAAAAAUGAUUUUGGUUAUCUAGUUACUAGUGCAUUUACUUUUUCUGUCACUUAUCUAUUUAAAAUUCAAGAGUGAAGUGUACUUGAGAUAAAGUAUGGAAAGAUUUAAAAUUCCAGAGUUAAGUGGACUAGAGAUGGAAUAUGGAAGGAUGUGUGACCUAUCGGGAAGUGAUUCUUAAUAUCGUGCGAGUGAGACCAAAAGACGAUGAAAGUUGAUAUAGUGAUUGCAUGGUAGGUAAACAAUGAUUUUGAGCCUUCGAACAAAUUAACGCACCGUCCAUUGAAUGAGAUGAAGAUCACGAUACGACUGAGCGGGCGUGCGAUCAGGACGUUACAAGUGGUAUCAGUCAAGGCUCACACUAACAUAGAUAAAGAUCUUGGGACGCAACGAGGAUGUUGUGUUCUUUGAGAGAUGGUGAAUUGUAACAUCCCGGUUGUGGUAUAUGGAAAACCUUAAGAAAACUGAUUUGGCUAUAUAUGUCACUAAAGUGCACUUACUUUUUUUCGUAACACAUCCUUUUAAAUCUCUAGGGUUAAGCGUGUUUGAGCUGGAGUAGUAGAAAAAUAGGUGAUUUAUAUGUAAAUGAUUUCCGAUAUUGUGCGAGUGAAACUAAAACACAAAGAAAUAUCGUAUGAUGAUUGCAAUGUCAGUAAACAAUGAUUUCAAAUCUUUAGACAUAUUAACGCACUGUCCAUUAUGGAACCUACAUGCCGAUGUGUGGGCGUGGGACAGUCAGAGCUUUACAUAUGCCGUCCAAUAUUUUUCUUUUAUAGGAUUUACGAAUGGUUUUUAAAAAAUAAUUUAAAAAAAGUGAACAUUUCAUUUUUUAUGUGUCUUUGUAUUGUUUUCAAUUUCAAAAAAAAGAUAUUAUUGGAAUAAUAAAUAAAUUUUGUUCCGCUAACAUUUUUCAAUAUUUCUGCUGCGGUUGUAAUUAUUUUUCUGGUACGACAAUAAGAUUCUCGACAGUGAAGCCAAAUUUUCAGUUUCCUUUUAGUUAGGGAACAAAAGAAAAGAAGAAAAGUCUAAGUCAACUAACAAAAACGUCUGACUAAUAAAUUAUCCAACUCUAGUGCAUAUCUCUCCUUUUUCAUUCUUGACUGAGUCCUUCCCAACUUGAUUUUUUUUUUUCUUUCUUUAAUAUGAGCUUUUGUUAUCUAGUUGGUAUUCUUUUUUAUUUUAUUUUGUUUACUCAUUUAUCUGCUCUGCUCACAUCAGACCAACCCCCAAAAAACACAACUUAAUUCAGAUAUCAAUCAAUCAGUCAUGUUCUCUCCAAUACUCUUCGGUUUCUCAAACCCGAAUUCUUGUCUGAUCUUGAUAUUCUUCUCGUUCUACUUUCACCAUCUUCCUUGUGCUCUAAGUCAACCAGACCUUAAGUUUUGUGAUAACCUGUUUCACUGUGGGAAUAUAACAGCGGGGUUUCCUUUCUGGGGAGAGGCUCGACCAGAACCUUGUGGUCAUCCUUCUUUGGGGCUUCACUGUCACCAAAACUCGAACAAGACUUACUUUAUUUUCUCAGGUCAGAUGUACAGUGUCCUUUUCUUAGACAACUCAACUAACACCCUUGGGCUUGCGAGGCAAGACUUUUUAGGUGUAUCAUUCUGCAAUUCCACAUUAACCGGUACAACGUUGACUAAUGAACUCUUUCAGCUUUCGCCAGAGUACACGACCCUCUUUGUUUACUAUCUCUGCGAACCUCAUCUUACCAACCCCGCAAAUUUCAAAUGUCCAAAGAUUGGUAUUGCCUCAAUGCAUCGGAGCAAUGAAAAUCAUAAAAAGUGUUCUGCGAGUUUCAACAUCACUGUUCCCACAAGUUAUGCUCCAGAGAUGAAAACUCUGAACUUGUCCCGUUUACAAAGUGUUCUCCGAAAGGGAUUUGAGGUGAAACUGAUGAUUGAUGGGAGACCGUGUCAAGAAUGUAAAUCCACUGGUGGAGUCUGCGGCUACGAUGUUGACACUCCUGUUUGCUGCAAGAGAAACUCUCCAUCCAAAAUCAAAUGCAAUCGAAUGAUCCCAUCUGUUGAUGAGCAUCACAAAAAAUGCUAUUCACCGUUUACAUGCGCCAAUCAGAGAAAUCUCAGUUAUCCCUUUUGGAUACCUGAGAGAAAAGAGUGUGGCCACCCGGAUUUCGAGCUCAACUGCAGCGGAGAUUUCGCAGAGUUUAAAAGAUCCUCCGUUCAGUUCCAAAUCCUUGAGACCAAGUUCUACAACAUAAGACUUGCCAUAAAGGAUUAUCAAAGCAAUCUUUGUCCCCGACACCCUGAAAAUGUAGAUAUCAACCAGUAUGUCCUUCCAUUUUCUCAGGACACUAUGCUGUCUAUAUUUUAUUACAACUGCUCUGCUCCAAGGGUAGAUGUUCCUCACGGUUUUCACACUAGAAAGCUGGACUGUGGGAAUGACAAUGGUAGGAGUAGUUACUUUGUCUCGUCCGCUUUACGUUCCUGGGAUAGAGCUAUCUUAGAAAAUUCAAGCGCAUCGUGUGACCGAAAUGUCAGUAUUCCUGUAUCUCGAUAUGCCUUGAGUAUUGAAGACGGAAACCCGACUCUGGAGGCUAUAGAGAAGGCUCUUAAGGAUGGUUUCGAGGUUAUGUUUACCACUGAAUGUUGGGAAUGCAAACAAUCUCAGGGUUCUUGUGGUUAUAAUGAUAGCUCCAGAGGAUUCGUUUGCUACUGUGUGGACGGGCCUCACAAGCGUAAAUGUCCCUACAUACCUACAAAAUCAGAACUCACCCAAUCAAAGAAAUCAGAACUCACCAAAAAACAGAAACUAGGAAUCGGAUUCGCUGGCGGGUUCUUCGGUGCCAUUCUUUUAGCAGUAGCUGUGCUCUGUAUCAUCUGGAGAAGAAAAAGAUUGGCAGCUCAAAACAUAAGCAAAGGCAUUUCAACAACAUCUCCUUAUUCAAGCAGUAAUACAAUGUCCAACACUCCAACUUCCACAACAAUCUCCGGAAGCAACCACUCUCUCAUGCCCUCAAUCUCCAACCUUGCAAAUGGAAGCGUCUACUUCGGAGUUCAAGUCUUCAGCUACGAAGAACUCGAGGAAGCCACCGCGAACUUCUCAAGAGAGCUUGGAGAUGGAGGAUUUGGUACUGUCUACUACGGCAUACUAAAGGACGGACGAGCAGUAGCUGUAAAACGACUCUUCGAGAGAUCAUUGAGACGAGUGGAGCAAUUCAAGAACGAGAUCGAUAUAUUGAGGACUUUGAAACACCCGAACCUAGUGAUUCUAUACGGAUGCACGACAAGACAUAGCAGAGAGCUACUCUUAGUGUAUGAAUACAUUUCUAAUGGCACACUCGCUGAUCAUCUCCAUGGAGACCAAGCACAGUCUCGUCCUAUUUGCUGGCCUGCAAGACUCAGCAUCGCCAUUCAAACCGCUAAGGCAUUGUCCUUUCUCCAUGCCUCAGGAAUCAUACACAGAGAUGUGAAGACUACAAACAUUCUUCUAGAUAGCAACUACCAAGUGAAAGUAGCUGACUUUGGUCUCUCACGGUUGUUUUCGACGGAUCAAACUCAUAUCUCCACCGCGCCGCAAGGAACUCCGGGAUAUGUUGAUCCCGAGUAUUACCAAUGUUACCGUCUCAACGAGAAGAGCGACGUUUACAGCUUCGGAGUCGUCCUCUCGGAGCUGAUCUCGUCCAAAGAAGCAGUCGAUACCACUCGGCAUCGACACGAUAUCAACCUCGCGAACAUGGCCAUCUCCAAAAUCCAAAACGACGCCGUCCACGAGCUUGCGGAUCUGACUCUCGGAUUCGCGAGGGAUCCUGCGGUGAAGAGGAUGAUGAUGUCGGUUGCUGAGCUGGCGUUCCGGUGUUUGCAACAGGAGAGGGACGUCCGGCCGUCGAUGGAUGAGAUCGUCGAGGUUUUGAAGGGGAUUCAGAAGGAAGGGAUGCGAGAUUUUCCGGAGGUGGUGGACAUUGAUGUGAGCGGAGGAGAAGACGUUGUGUUGCUAAGGCACGGAGUUCCUCCGCCGUUAUCGCCGGUAACUGAGAAAGAGACAAGUAGUUCGAAUACGACGUCGAGUUCGUUUUGAGAGUGUAGUAGGAGAGACUUUGGACUCUCCCCUCAACGAGGGUUCGGUGUAAUUAUAUAUAACCAUUGUGAAUUUCACCGUUUCACUUUUAUUUUACCUGACGUCUGAAUUUUUGACUUUUUUUCUGGGGUAUUUUGAUAUUUUCACAGAAAGACUAAAAGGAUGUCUUCAACUAGUAGUUUGAUCUCAUUUGUAUCAAAAUGACAAAUAAAUUCGAGUGUUAUGGAAUUUGUCAUUUCAUAAAACA